CUCUGUUGAAAGCGCACAUCCUAUUUGAUUUUUCUCAGCCUUCAACCAUUAUUCUGAUUAAGCCCCGAGUCCAGACCAUGAAAAACCAUCGGAAGGAUGAAGAAAGCUUUCAAUGGGAUCAAACCACGAAAAAACAUUCUUCUAUUGCCCGAACUUUCCCCAGAUUAGUAGUUUCUUCAAUCUUUUUUAUUUCAACUCUCAGCCUCUUCUACACACUACGCUUCUCCAAUGCUUCAAAUUCCUCUAAUAACCAAUUCAACAUCAGCAGAACCAUUCGAGUAAACGACCAAGAGCUGCCCCCGCCGGUUUCUUCCCCACAAAAACUCAACCCCCCCCGUGAAAACAAACCUCCACCACAUCGUUUUCGGCAUUGCCGCCUCGGCUCGGUUCUGGGAACAACGCAAAAAGUACAUAAAACUCUGGUGGAAGCCCCAGCAAAUGCGUGGCGUCGUCUGGUUAGACAAGGCCGUGAAGAAUGGGUCUUCCGACGAGGACCGUCUUUUACCGCCGGUGAAGAUCUCCGGUGACACAUCCAAGUUAAAGUAUAAGAACCCCAAAGGUCACCGGUCUGCCAUAAGGAUAUCCCGCAUAGUUUCGGAGACUCUGCGACUGGGGUUUGAAGACGUGAGAUGGUUCGUAAUGGGGGACGAUGAUACCUUCUUUGUGCCGGAGAAUUUGGUUAGGGUUUUGUCGAAGUACGAUCAUAAUCAGCUGUAUUACAUCGGGAGUUCUUCGGAGAGUCAUUUGCAGAACAUUAACUUCUCUUAUGGUAUGGCUUAUGGCGGUGGUGGGUUUGCCAUUAGUUACCCUUUGGCUAAAGCUCUUGCGAAAAUGCAAGACCGAUGCAUACAGAGAUAUCCAGGAUUGUACGGCUCCGAUGACCGGAUUCACGCUUGUAUGGCUGAGAUGGGAGUUCCCCUCACCAAGGAACCGGGAUUCCACCAGUACGAUGUUUACGGUAGUCUAUUGGGCCUGCUAUCGGCGCACCCUGUUGCUCCAUUAAUCAGCAUCCACCAUCUCGACGUGGUCGAGCCCAUAUUCCCGAAUGUGAACCGGGUUCAAGCCCUUCAACGUCUAAAGGUCCCAAUAAAUCUGGACUCGGCUGCAAUAAUGCAACAGUCUGUUUGCUACGACAAAACCCGAAGCUGGACGGUCUCGGUCAGUUGGGGCUAUGCGGUUCAAAUAUACCGUGGUAUAUUUUCGGUUCGAGAACUGGAAAUGCCGGCCAGAACAUUCUUGAACUGGCAUAAGAGAGCCGAUUACACCGGCUUCUCUUUCAACACACGUCCCGUUGCCAAACAUGCUUGCCAGAGACCGUUUGUGUUCUACUUGUCUAAUGCUUUGUAUAACAAGAACACGAAUCAGACGGCUAGCGAGUAUGCUCAGCACCGAAUUCCAAGAUCCGAGUGCAAUUGGAAGAUGGCGGAUCCAUCGCGGAUUGAGAAAGUCCACGUUUAUAAAAAGCUUGAUCCCCAUUUGUGGGACAAGGCUCCGCGAAGGAAUUGCUGCAGAGUGUUGCAGACAAAGAAGAAAGGCACGAUGGUUGUUGAUGUAAGAGUUUGCGGAGAAGAAGAUGUGAUUGAAUUGCGAUGAGAGGGUUUCAGUGUUGCUCCAUAAUUUAAAUUAAUUACUCCCUUGGUCCUUCAGUGUAGUUUCGGUGACAUGAUACAUUUGAUAAUGUAUGUUGAAGAGCUGGUUAUAUCAAGGAGAGCGUCGUACUCUAUUUUUUUAA